AUGGCGUCGAAAACAAUGCAGCAGUGGCUCAGCCUGGUCGCCAUGAUCUGGCUCCAAUCCGUGGCCGGGACGAACACCAACUUCCCCGCCUACUCGUCCCAGCUCAAGCAGAUCCUCUCCAUCUCCCAAGUCCAGCUCAACAACCUCGCCUUCGCCUCCGAUGCAGGCAAGCUCCUGGGGUGGUUGUCGGGACUUGCUGCAGUGCACCUCCCACUCUGGCUCGUCCUCCUGAUUGGGGCUUCGCUAGGGCUGGUCGGGUACGGCAUCCAGUACCUUUUCGUGGCAGGCCAGGUCGCCUCGCUCUCGUACCCUGCCGUGUUCCUCCUUACCGCCCUCGCUGGGAACAGCAUCUGCUGGAUCAACACAGUGUGCUAUGUCGUCGCAAUUCGCAACUUCCCGCUCCACCGCCAGGUCGUCGUCGGGCUGACCACCAGCUACCAGGGGCUGAGCGCCGGUGUCUACACUGAUAUAGUUUACGCUGCCUUCAACCAGCGUGGCGGCGUGGCCAGGGCUCAGGCCUACCUGUUCCUCAGCUCGGUCUUGCCAGUUGUCACGUCCCUGGUGACCGCACCUUUCGUCAGGGAUGUGAAUGCAGGCAAUCCAGGGGCAGGCAGAAAUACGCACGCCGGGUUCGUAAUGCUAUUCGUGAUAACGAUCGCGACUGGGGUCUACGCAGUGGUGAGCAGUAUGGGGUCGGUAUCGGGCUGGUUGCCGGCAGUGAACAACGCGAUGGGGAUGGGCAUAUGCCUCAUGGUCCCUGCCGUCGUGCCGCUCGCCGAGGGCCUCAAGCACUUCGUAGCCCUCACCAGAAAGAGGGUACAAGACGUGGCGAGCGAGGAAGAGAAUGGCGAACGCCGGCAAGACAAGAUUGCGGUUGGCGACCAAGAGGAGGAGGAGGAGGAGGUUACUGUGGUUGCUCCUUUCGAGGAAAUGGCAAUCAGUAUUGGUGUUAGAGAGGAGCUUGGGGCGAGAGACAUGGUUAGGCGGGUCGAGUUCUGGCUCUACUUUUUCGUGUACAUGUUGGGGGCGACCCUCGGGUUCGUGUUCCUGAACAACCUGGGGCAGAUUGCCGAGUCCCGUGGGUACUCCAAGACGUCGUCGCUGGUCGCUCUAUCGUCGGCGUUCGGGUUCUUUGGGCGGUUGAUCCCGUCUCUCUUUGAUUGCCUCUUAGCAAGAUGGAAGUACGUGGUGGCAAGACCAGCGUUGAUAGCAGGACUGAUGGCACCGAUGGUGGGGGCCUACUUCCUGCUCCUCAGCCCUGCCACGGCGGCGCUCUAUGCGAGCACAGCUGUGAUCGGCACCUGCAGCGGGGCCAUCACGUCCAUCGCCGUGGCAACCACCACCGAACUUUUCGGGACCAAGAACUUCAGCGUGAACCACAACAUAGUGAUCGCUAACAUCCCGAUUGGGUCCUUCGCCUUCGGGUAUGCCGCUGCACUGCUCUACCGCCGCCAAUCCCCCGGCGGCGGCCAAAAGUGCAUGGGGAUGGAGUGUUACAACACAACGUUCGUCGUCUGGGGGUGUCUUUGCUCGCUCGGGACUGUGCUGGCUUUGCUCUUGUAUGCACGUACUCGCAAGUUUUAUUUCAGAAGUAUAUAG